CUCGCCAUUACUCCCUCGAACUGGCUACAGGCUCGCAGCCUGCGGGUUUGGCCGUUUUCGAGAUUAGCUGGUACUGUUUCCACCUGCCUCCGAGGGCGUCUGCCGAGGCCUCAGCUGGAGUCAGCCCACCCCGCAACUCCGAUGCGGCUCCCUCAGAAUGCUUCCCAAAUGUAUGGCAAUGGAAGCAGGGAAAGCAGCAAGGGUCUGUAGCGGUGCAUUUUAGACUCCAGCAGGGUUCACAUGGAUCACAAACUGAUGCCAAAGCAGUACACCUGGAAAGAGGAGUUCUGGCAGAACCCCUGGGACCAGGGAGCCCUGGUCGUGAUCUGUUUGUUCGUCACCACGAUCCUGUUUCUCAUUGUGUUCGCCAUUAUAUUUGGUUUUCUCCCUCCGCCUGAGAACACGGACCCGGGUGAGGAGUCGUGACCGGACUUUCUGGGGGCUAAGAAGGGGCCCAUCUGUUAGACAUUCUCGCAACACCACGUACCUCUUCUUCUAAGCCCUUUCAGAGUCUGCAAUUAUACAUUUUUUAUUAAUGUAAUUAAUGAAUUUGUUAAUAUUA